GACCACUGUCCAGUGUCCAUUGAAGAUCUUGGCAAGCCAGUUUAAUUAUUAACUCCCAAAUAAACAAUAAUACUAACUGCAAAGUACUAUACUUUAUUAUUAAAAAGAAAUUGUAAUACUGUGAGACACAAAAGUAAAGACCAUAAGUAGCACACCACAAUCAUCAAAUCGUUCCCAUUUGAAUCCAGAGUUCACACUAGCACACCCCAUUUUCCCCCAUGUAUAAAUAGACCUCCUCAUUUGGAAUGGAGGUCCACAUCCUCAGCCCCCCCAACAAAACCAGAAGCCCACUCUCUAUAUUUGUAGGAAAAGGCUCCCAAUUUUAGUCCAGCUGGGAGGGAAAUAUGGGUCGUGCGGGCAACGGCAGCUCCUUCAUCCUCAUGAUCAGCUUGCUAGCUUUGGUUGCGGCGGUGGCCGGGGCCGGUCGCCACCUUGCUGCAGCUGACAUUGAUGCAUCCCGAGUUGGGAUAUGCGCGUCGGCGGUGGCAAUACACGGCUACAAGUGCCAGGAGUUUGAUGUGAAAACGGACGAUGGGUACAUAUUAAACUUGCAGAGGAUACCUCAAGGUGUGGCUGCGGAUAAUUCCACUAACAGGCCUCCAGUUUUGCUGCAACAUGGUGUUCUUGUGGAUGGAGUGACAUGGCUGUUGAAUUCUCCAAAAGAGUCAUUGGCGUUAAUACUAGCAGACAGCGGGUUCGAUGUGUGGAUUGCCAACGUUAGGGGAACCAGAUUCAGCAGGAGGCAUGUCUCCCUUGACCCAAACAAACCCGAAUUCUGGAAUUGGACAUGGGAUGACCUGGUGGUUCACGACUUACCCGCCGUUAUUGGUUUUGUGCACCAACAAACGGGUCAAAAGAUUCAUUACGUCGGACAUUCCAUGGGAACGCUGAUUGCUUUGGCUACGUUUUCGGAAGGAAAGCAAAUAGACAAGGUGAAGUCGGCGGCGUUGUUGAGCCCCAUUGCAUACCUCAGUCACAUGAACACAGCACUUGGUGUUGUUGCUGCCAAAGCCUUCGUGGGUGAAAUCACCUCAAUUUUUGGAUUGGCAGAAUUCAAUCCCAAAGGAGAGGCCGUGGCAGGUCUUAUGAAGUUUUUUUGUGCUCAACCUGGGGUGGAUUGUUACGACUUGCUCACCGCAGUAACCGGUACCUACCCUAUUAUUCACUUAAUUUUCACCAUAAUAGUUAUAGUGAAUUCAUUGAUGAUUAUUAAUUUCAAGUGGAUUGAUAAACACCAUGAUUUGUAAAUGUUAUUACCACUACAAUAUUAAUUGCUUUAUUUCUUGGUAAAAAAUGGCAGGCAAAAAUUGUUGCCUCAAUGCCUCAACGGUCCAGCUUUUCCUGAAGAACGAGCCCCAGUCUACUUCAACUAAAAACUUAGUCCACUUGGCUCAAACCGUACGAGAUGGAGUCCUGAGAAAAUACGAUUACGGAAAUCCCAACUACAACGUAGCCCACUAUGGAGAAUCCAAGCCUCCAGUUUAUAACUUGUCCAACAUUCCUCACGACCUUCCCCUGUUCCUUAGCUACGGAGGCCAAGAUGCCUUAUCGGACAUCAGAGAUGUUCAGACGCUUCUGGAUGCCCUCCGAUCCCAUGACGUCGCCAAAUUGCACGUCCAGUACGUCAAGGAAUAUGGUCAUGCUGACUUCAUCAUGGGUGUUACAGCCAAGGAUGUCGUUUACAAUCAAGUCGUUUCCUUUUUCAAAAACUACAACUGAUUAAAUUAGAACUAUUAUAAUGUAUUGGGGCGGGGUUUGGUUCUGGACCCCAUUCCAUCCUGCUAAGCAAUACACUCCUUAGUCCCUUACAUAGGGAAUAUAUGUAUACAAAAUCACAAAGCAGGAGAGAGGGUCAGUAUUCUGCAAUAGUUUUUUUGCCUCCUUCUAAUUAAAUUGAUUUCCCAAUCUUUUUCCUCUUCAUUUUUCUUUUCUUGCAAACAAAUUAG